CCGCGCCUCCAAUCUCGGCGGCGGCGGCGGAAAGGGGAACCCGGGUCCCGGACGGGCGGCUCAGUCGCUUGCAGGGCAGAGACGCUGAAAAAGAGGGGGCCUGAAAACACUUGUGCAGGGGAAGAUGCCCAGCACCGACCUUCUAAAGUUGAAGGACUUUGAGCCUUACUUGGAGAUUUUGGAAGCAUAUUCCACAAAAGCCAAGAAUUAUGUGAAUGGGUAUUGCACCAAAUAUGAGCCCUGGCAGCUCAUUGCAUGGAGUGUCCUGAGUACUCUGCUGAUAGUCUGGGUGUACAAGCUUAUCUUCCAGCCAGAGAGUUUAUGGUCACGGUUUAAGAAGAAAUUAUUUAAGCUCAUCAGAAAGAUGCCAAUUAUUGGAGACAAGAUUCAAGGAAUGAUGGAUAAGACCAAGAAGGAUAUCAUCAAGAACAUGCCUUUCCUGAAGGUGAACAAAGAGUAUGUGAAAACUCUGCCUUCUCAGGGUCUGAGCACAGCUGAGGUUCUGGAGAGACUCAAGGAGUACAGUUCCAUGGAUGUCUUCUGGCAAGAAGGGAAAGCCUCAGGAGCUGUGUACAGCGGGGAGCCGAAGCUCACAGAGCUGCUAGUGCAGGUUUAUGCCGAAUUCACAUGGAGCAAUCCACUACAUCCAGAUAUCUUCCCUGGAACACGGAAGUUAGAGGCAGAAAUUGUAAGGAUGGCAUGUUCCCUCUUCAAUGGGGGGCCAGAGUCCUGUGGAUGUGUGACUUCUGGGGGAACAGAAAGCAUCCUGAUGGCCUGCAAAGCUUAUCGGGACUUGGCCUUAGAGAAGGGGAUCAAAAAUCCAGAGAUUGUGGCCCCUGAGAGCGCUCAUGCUGCAUUUGACAAAGCAGCUCAUUAUUUUGGGAUGAAGAUUGUACGCGUUAAACAGAAUAAGAACAUGGAGGUGGAUGUGCGGGCAAUGAGAAGAGCCAUCUCCAGGAACACAGCUAUGUUGGUCUGUUCUGCCCCACAGUUUCCUCACGGUGUGAUAGAUCCUAUCCCUGAAGUGGCCAAGCUGGCUGUUAAAUACAAAAUCCCUUUUCAUGUGGACGCUUGUCUAGGGGGUUUCCUCAUUGUCUUCAUGGAGAAAGCAGGCUACCCACUGGAGAAACAGUUUGAUUUCCGGGUGAAGGGUGUAACCAGCAUUUCAGCAGAUACUCAUAAGUACGGCUAUGCUCCCAAAGGUUCAUCCGUGGUGCUGUACUCUGAUGAGAAGUACAGGAGGUACCAGUUCUUUGUUGAUGCGGAUUGGCAAGGUGGCAUCUAUGCAUCUCCAAGCAUAGCUGGUUCACGGCCUGGUGGCAUCAUUGCAGCCUGUUGGGCUGCCUUAAUGCACUUCGGUGAGAACGGCUAUGUUGAAGCUACCAAACAGAUCAUCAAAACUGCUCGCUUCCUCAAGUCAGAACUGGAAAAGAUCAAAAACAUCUUCAUUUUUGGGGAUCCUCAAUUGUCAGUUAUUGCUCUGGGCUCCCACGAUUUUGACAUCUACCGACUAUCUAAUAUGAUGUCUGCUAAGGGGUGGAAUUUUAACUACUUGCAGUUCCCAAAAAGCAUUCAUUUCUGCAUUACAUUAGUACAUACUCGGAAGCGGGUGGCAAUCCAGUUCCUCAAGGAUAUCCGGGAAUCGGUCACACAAAUCAUGAAGAAUCCUGAAGCUAAGACCACAGGAAUGGGUGCCAUCUACGGCAUGGCCCAGGCCACCGUUGACAGGAAUCUGGUUGCAGAGUUAUCCUCCAUCUUCUUGGACAGCCUUUAUAGUACGGAUCCUGUGACUCAGGGCAGCCAGAUGAAUGGUUCUCCAAAGCCCCACUGAACUUUGACCCUUGUUAGGUCCAUGGAGCUUCAGGCCUUCAGAAAGUUCUUGGCAUUUGGAACAGACCACACACAACUUGACAUCUGGACUGGCUCCUUAGAGCACAAUAUGAUAAACCAUAAGAUAGCUUCAGCCUCAGGACUCCUUUUGUUUCCUAUUGUGGCUUUUAAUUUGAAGACCCUGAAUGACUCCACUGCAUAAUGAGUCUUCCCUGGUUAUAAAUGUUACCGUAGAAAUUGUUUUAACCAUAUUCUUCUCUAACGUCUUCAGCAUCAUCUUCACUUAAUUGUGUGGUGGCUCUGACCUGUCCUGAUUGCUUAGGGAAAAUGUGAGAUAGCAAGAGGGUGUCUUUGCUACCUCAGUCGAAUGUUUUGGCUGUCAGGCAGGAGGCAGUUAUGUACUGUGUUCCCCAGGUAGAUGUUAGUAGGUCCCAUGCAGGAGGAGGUUUCAGACUUCAGGAGAUGUCACUUGAAUCUCAGGAUCACUUUCAUUGCAAGUUGUUUUACUUUUCCAAGCACAGGUUGGCCAGGUCACUGACGUCUUUUUUGCAUAACUGGAGCAUGUUCCCUUGGCAGGGUUUGAAGUGCUCCUUUGUCUUUUGUGCAUGACCGUGGUUACUACCAUCUUUGGAGGUGCCCAUUGGCAGUGAUACUCCCACUUGUUUGUUCUUAUAGCUGUAAGGUAGGUAAAGAACAUGGUUUUCAGAGAAUCUAGGCCUUUUUAGCUGUGGUGCUGCCUCACUGGAGUAGGGGUAGAUCACACCCGAGCCCUCUCCUGGGCCAGAUGAGCCAAAACCUGACCCUUUUCCAUAUUUUCUUGAUCAGCAGCAUAAGUAAGCACCUAUGUGCACAUGUGGGCAGUGGUCCUCCUCCUCCACAUUGCCUUAAUCCAUCAUGUAAUAAGAAUCUGUUUUUAAUGAAGGAAACACUCUACAAGUGUCCUUGACUUCCCUUAGUGGAUGUGAAGAUGUGCAGGGGACACCUUCUCCAUCAAUUUGUUCUUCCUGCCCCUUCUACCUUUAUUCAGCAUCCAAAGGUACGAUGGCAUUUUACCUUCAGGUACUGGAUAUUUCUCAGCCUCCGAUAAAAGGAAGCAGCAUGGGAGUAGAAAGGCUUGGCUGCAGCCAUUACAGCUGGGGUCUGGAAUUCCUUCCUAAGACUGAUUGCCCAGGGUGGUACAGGCACAGGACCACCCCCUGUGCCAACUUUCUACUUGCUUCUCCUUUUUAGGGAUGGGGACUCUGAUCUAGGCUGAGGCCCUGUCCUGCUCUGAUGAUGAUACCAUGUGCCUUUCUCCCCAGCAGUGAGUAGUAAACUUACUCCUCACCCAGGCCCUGGCAGAAAUGGACCAGUCUUUGAGAUGUGUCUAUUUGUAGGAGAGAACUUGGGACAAGUCAGCAGGAGCCUUGCUGUGUUUCCUCCCCUUCUCAGGGAUUCCUGAGUAUUUAGCCUAAGCAUUGCUGCCUGGGAGCCCCAAACCACCAGGCUCUUCCUCACCCUCCUUGGGAAGUGUUCCUCAGUACUGUUCUGACCACAUAGCUGUUAUUAGCUGGCUCAUGGCAGGGCAAGUGUGUAUGUCCACUUCCCUCCUGUAUGCGCUACAGUGCGUUAGGAGGUUCAGGGAGAGUUAAUGUUGUUCGCAUAUGUCAGAGAGAGAGGCUGAGUUCUUGAGCUCACGCUCUUCCAGUGGUCAGAGCUUCUGGGACUCCUCUGUGGGUCCACAGUGCAUCAUGCUGGAGAGGAUCAGGGACCACCCAGCAGGCACUACUGCCUUGCCAGUGGCUAAAAUGGACAGAUAGGUCCUCUGUAGUCACAGCAGAACCAGGAACUGAGCCACUACCUUCUUUUGUGGCAGCACUGGCAUUGGGUGCUGGUGUUUUUCGGAGGGACCUGCUGUAGCCAUUUUAAUUUAUGCUUAGGAACCUUAGUGUAACUUAAGGCUUUCAUUUUGUGAGUGUGUGUUUGUGUGUGCAUGCCAUGCCUAGCUGGUGGCAGGGUGGGUAGUGUGUCUUUUAUCAUGGUAUCAUGUGACUUACGAGGUGCCACAGUGGCUUCUGCAAACACUAUACUGUCUUAUUUCUAUAGUAGAUGUAGGUAGUACUGUAAAUAUACUGCCAUGUCACUUUUAAUAUUACCAGUUUUAUACUUGGAAAAUGGUACUUGCCUCUUUGAAAUCUGUUUUGUCUUCUCUAAUGUCCCCAUUGUGUCCAUGCCCUUUCCUGACUGCAGCAAUAACUCUUCAAAAGCAAUUGAAUAAUAAAUGUCCUGAACUGUGGUUGCA